UCUUGUACUAAUUGUCAUACUAAAACAACUCCGCUUUGGAGAAGAAAUCCUCAAGGAGAACCUUUAUGUAAUGCCUGUGGAUUGUUUUUGAAAUUACACGGAGUAGUCAGACCAUUGAGUUUGAAAACUGAUGUGAUUAAAAAAAGACAACGA